AUGGGGUGUAAUGACAAUGCAGUUUGUCGAUAUGUCGGACCGAAUCUUACACGAUGUGAGUGUCGAUCUGGCUUCGUUGGCAACGGUAUUGACUGUUUAGCGUUACCACCCGAUCAUCCAUGUUUAGUAAACAACGGAAAUUGUGAUCCGCGAGCUUUUUGCACCGACGAAGGUGGUCGAGCCAAAUGCCGCUGUCCAAAAGAUUUUAUAGGCGAUGGGUAUUACUGCUCUGGAAGUUUGAUGAGUAUCAUAGACUAUGUCGAAGAACUCAGCGAUUUUUCUAAGGCUUUCAAGCAGUUGCCCCAUGGUAGAGCAUAUGACUUCAAGCUACUUUUGUCUGGUAAACAGAAGUACACAGUUUUCGCUCCCAUUAAUUAUGGCCAUGUUAAGAAAAUGAACUUAGAUCUUGUAAAGAACCACAUUGUGAAAGGAUAUAUCUCCCUCCCCCCUGGUCAGACAAAAGAUGUCCAAACUCUGAAUGGGACUCAUUAUACUCUUUCUUCUUCUAAGGACGGAAAGACAAUGAAGAUCCAAAACUUUGCGAAAGUGAAGUACGAAAUUCCCGCUCGCAAUGGCAUGAUUUACGUCAUUGAUCACGUGCUAGUGCAUCGUACAGUACAUCCACACAAUCAAGAAGUUCCAGUACCCAAGCCAACCACGCCCAGCACGAGAAGUCCCCCAAAAGCUUCAAAAGGCGUCAAAACAAGUAAAUAUAUGAUUAUUGGCAUUGUCUUGGGCGUCGUUGUGGUUGUUCUUUGCAUUGCAAUCGCGAUUUUCAUGUUGAAGCGAAGACGCUCAUACAAUAUCAAGUAUCAAAAGGAUUUCCGAAAUCCACGCCGUGAUCACAAUGGCCAAGCAGAUGGGGAUUGCGCAAGUGGUGGCGACGAAUAUGUGCCCCAAAGGCUAUGGCAUCCAUCAGCAGAGCAGGGAGAUACACUCCGCAAUCCAAUCUACAUUGGAGACGACUCCCCUGAUGACGCAUUAGACUUCGAAAUGACAGAAAGCAGUGUCGCACCGCUGACUGAGUAUGAUGCUGUUUCACUUUCGAAGAAGCCCAAGUCCUAGUCCAGCUCAUACUUGCGACAAGUUAUACUUGGUCUAUUUCCAAAUCGCAACAUUUAACUUUGUGGUAUUUUUUCUUUUUAAUGUAGUUACUAGUAUUGUAUUUUUUGUUAUUGACUCUAUUAUUUUAACUGUACGAUUAGAAUUCUUAAUAAUUUUUACGUUGCGUUUAUGCCAUCCCUUCAAACUUCUAUUUUCAAUAAUUUUUGGACUAUAUUGCAACAAUUGCACAAUUGAAAAUGCUAGUUUUCAAUAAUUUGAAUGCAUUGAAUACAUAACAAGAAAAAUA